AUGAAGUAUUUCAUUCUUUCGUCACUACUCGCCACCGCAAUCGCCUUCCCCUCAAAAAAUUCUGCCAGCAGUGAAGAGUUCGGAGUGGCAUUUCAGAACAAUCGUAACUAUCCCAGCAACUUGCAGAAUGGCUUGAAUCAACUGAAUGGACAAAACUAUCCCAACAACUUCAAUGGACAGAGUUAUCCAAACUCACAAAAUGGAGGUUUCCGAGGAAAUCAGAGACAGAAUGGAGGCAAUGCGCAAUUUGGAAACCAACAAGGUUUUGGAUACGGCUACCCUCGCGGAUUCCAGCAAAAUGGAGGAUAUCCACAAUUUGGGAGUCAGCAACAGAAUGGUGGCUACCAACCCUGGAAUCAGCAACAACAGCAAAACGAAGCAUAUCCUCCGUUUGGAAAUCAGCAAAAUGGUGGAUUCAAUCCAUUCCCUCAGUUUGGACAAAAUCAGCCAUAUGAAGAAGUUGCAAACUCUACCGAAGAAGGAGACUCCGUUAAUGGUCUAUUCCAGGGACAACAACAAGAAAAUGGCAGCUUCCCUCCUGUAGGACAAGGUGCCGUAAGCAAUGGUUUCCAUGACCAAGCUUCACAAAACGACAGCUUCCAGCAAGGUUUCCCUCAACAAGCUGAAAGCCAAGGAUUCCCAGGUUUCAAUCAGUUCCCCUUCGGCGGACAAGGACAACAGAAUGGUCAAGCUGCAGCUAUGCAGAAAAAAUAA